UUCAUGAGCAUUAAUUAGCUAAUUUUCUGCCAUUUUUACAAGCUAAGUACGUUUACAAGCCUCGCUGUACUUUAGCUGUAUUUGUCUUAGCUAGCUUAGGCUAUAAUGAGAGGACUUUUGUGUCUUCUUUUGUUUUCCAUUUCUGUCUCAGCAGAAAGCAACACAACCCCUACUUGGAUAAUCGUCAGCGAUGAAGGAGUUGACUCUCAUGAAUGCCACACAGGAGAGGUCCCUUGCUUGACGCUAGAUCAUGCCCUGGAUGGUCUCAGGAACAAUAUGAUAAUUACAAUAGACACUAAAGAGGUAAACCUCACAAGGGCUCAUUAUUUCGAGUCUGUGGAAGAUAUAAAAAUAACUUCACUGAAUAACAGAACUGAUGAUGAAUAUCCCACAAUGGACAACAGCUCCAACAUAUUAGAAGAAGGAGUUACAAUCACAUGCCCUGAGGUUGGUGCUGGCCUAUCGUUUGUUCAUUCAGUGAAUAUUGAAAUAUCUAAUUUGUCAUUUAUCAAUUGUGCCAUAAGCCAUAAAACCUCAGCAUUAGCUACUUGGUCUUGUAAUGAAACAAAGGGGGAGGAUUGCACACCAUUAAUCUUUCCUAAUGCAUCUUCGGCAGUAUUUCUUUAUAAUUGUACCGGGUUUACCCUAAACCACACCUAUUUCUCAUCUGGGCGUGGCUCUGGAGUCUCACUUUAUAACGUACUUGGAAACGUAAUAAUUGAGAACUCACGUUUUGUAAACCACACCCUCUUACCCCCAGCCAUUCCUCCUUGCACCAAUAUUAAGGAUUAUUAUGAUAACUGUAGCGUACAGUCAACUGGGCUUUAUAUAGAAUUCACUUAUUGUGAAGAAAUGACCUCAACAAGUUGUGGUGACACAUUUCAUGUUAGGCAUGUUAAUUAUUUGAUACGUGACUCUUUGUUUAAAGGUAACAGGAAUUUAGGGUCCUAUCGUGAUUAUACUGACAUAAGACCAUAUGCUGGGCUACAUAGAGAACAGCAUUGGCCGUUUGGAAAAGGUGGAGGAUUAGGUAUUGCCUUUCGCUCAUACAAUUUCAAAUACCUCAACUUGACAGUUGAGGGGACUGCUUUCAUUGACAACCAAGCUGUGUAUGGUGGGGGUAUGUAUUUACAGUUCGAGCCAGGUUAUUCUGAUCACGGUUUUUUUAAGAUUUUAGGCUGUGACUUUAUUGAAAACCAUGGUUUAAUAAAUGGUGGUGGAUUGGAUCUUGAUUUUAAUGUUCUCUAUCACACAAUACAUCACAAUAUGCUACAAAAUCAAAGUUUUCGUAACCAUCUUAGUGUAGGCUACAACCAGUUCAACUCUAACAUUGCUUAUUGGGGUGGAGGUGUGUCACUGGUCCUUUAUCCAACGAAUGUCUCAUACUUAAUUACUGACUUUUUCUUUUCAGAAUGGAAUAGUAACAAACACUUUGGUGGAGCUGGUGCUGUUGGUAUUUUUAAAAAGGAAAGACCAGAAGAGAACCUAUUUAUUGUCCCAAAAGUUACAUUCACUGAUUGUAAUAUUCAUGCUACUGAAGGUCAUGUUUCAACUUCAAGCAGCAGCUUCUCUAUGAUAUCUUGCAGUCUCUACUCUGAGGGUAUUCCCCUUUUAUUUUAUGGUUUUAACCUUUUCACAUCUAACUGUGCCUCUGCACUCUGUUUGAGUGAUACUGGAGCAACAUUUUUUGACUUUACUCAUUUUUCUCAUAACAUUGGUUUCAAUGGAGGAGCCUUGUUCUUAACUGGAAAGUCCUACAUUACUGUUAGCAAUAACCUUCGUAUGGAGUUUGAUAAUAAUGCAGCUUAUCAAUAUGGUGGUGCUAUAUAUUAUCUUGCUCCUCCUCCACUUGAAAUGAAUACCAGUGGAUCUUGUUUCGUAAGGUACCAUCAAGAAGGUAACUUUGACACUCCACCGGAAUAUUGGUCGGUCAAUGUUACAUUCUCUGGCAAUGUUGCAACACAGGGUGGAGAUGCUGUCUUUAUUAGCAACCCAAAGAAUUGUCAGUGGCCAAAUGAGUCCUCUAUUUUUGAUCCUAACAGAACUGAGAAAUUUGAUUAUUCUAGACAAUCUCGACAUAGUCCUACUCAUGUCAUAUCAACUCCACCACAAUCAAUGUACAUCACUGGUAAUGUUGAAAAACAAUGCAUCAAGGAUUUUCCUCUUACUAAUCUUACACAUGAGAUUGAUAAGAAUAAUAGCAACAAUGCUAUGCUUCAUCAUCGUAUGAUGCCAGGAGACAUGUUGGGCAUAACAGUUCAUACCUUGGAUUGUUUUAAUCAGUCUGUAUCGACUGUCCUUAGCAUUGAAUGUCACAAUGCUUCACAUUAUAAAGAGUCUCUCUUCUCUCCUGACAUUUGCAAUAAGACCUCGUUCCAUAUUGAAGGCAGGCUGGUACAGUCUAAUACCUUAAUUAAUAAUAUCAUAACUGGACCACGAGAUAAAAGCUUUGUCCUUCUAUUUCGUACUUGUGACCCAAUCUCUAUCCUAAUCCCUUUACAUGUGCACCUCACUACCUGCUGCUUUGGUUAUACGUACAUAGACAAUAAUAAGUGUCUUUGUGGUUAUGAUUUGAAAGGAUCAGCUGGACCUAUGGCUUGUAUUGUUAAUGCAACAAAGUCACCUGAUGUAGAGCGUGCAUCAUCUAUUCCAUGUAUAAAAAGGCACUACUGGGCUGGGAAUUUACCAACUGAGAAGAAAAAUGGAACCAAAAAGGAAGAUAACAGUAUUUACUAUCAAUUUUGUCACACUGGUAAAUGUAGUUCCUCAAGAAAGUGUGGCAACUAUAAAGAUUACCAGUUGCUAAGGAAACAUUCUUGUAUUCAUAAUCUUUCAGGCCCACUCUGCUCCUCUUGUAACAACAGCAAAAGUGUUGAGCUCACUUAUAAUGCAUACAGUUGUUCUCCCUGUAGUAUUUCUCAUCAAAUUGGCCUCUUGUGUCUCAUUUUAUUCGUUUGCUUUCUCAUCGUUAUUUUUAUCCUGAUAUUUCUCAGGCUCAAUGUGCGAGUAACUACAGCUGUAUUCUACAGCUUCUUAUACUUUUACAGUGUCCUCCCUGUCUUCUUAUGGGCCAAACAACAAGGGACUGCUCUAGAGGUGAUUAUAGCCGUCAUAACAAGCAUAGCAUCACUAGACUUCACACUACUACAGUACACACAUUUUUGUUUGUUUAAUGGAGUAAAGGCUAUACACUAUCAAUUUUUACACUAUGUUUAUCCAGUUACUAUCGCUCUUCUCAUAGCUGUUAUCAUCAAGUUAGAUAAAUAUUGCUUUAAAAAGCUACAACUGUUCACUGGUGAUUCUGCUGUUCAGGUACUAUGCAUUAUGCUCCUAAUUGUUUACACAUCUAUAUCCGAGACAUCACUUUAUAUUCUAUUGCCAUUAUCUUAUUUUAAUGGUUCAGCUAAUGAAAGUGAUGUAGCUUAUGGUAAAACAUAUUAUGUAUAUGUUGAUCCAGGAGUUACAUAUUUUCAUACAACUCAUCACUUACCUUUCUGGAUAGUUGCUUUCCUGGUUGAGUUUGGUAUUGUUCUACCGUUUGGUAUAUUCAUGACAAUUGCCCCAUUUCUAAUGCGUUGUAUGAACUUCACUCGAGUCAAGCCACUCCUGGAUGAAUACCAGAACUGUUUUCAUGACAACCAUCGCUGGUAUGCAGGUGUCUAUCUUUUAGCACGCCAGGCAUUGUUCCUUAUAUCAAUGGUCAGUUCCUCCCAUCCAGAGAUAAUGUCUUACGUCGAACAGAUUUUCUGUCUUCUGCUGCUAAUAUUGGUAUCAGUUUUACAGCCGUAUCGUAACCCACUCAUCAACAAAUUGGAUAUAUUUUUUCUAUUGAUACUGACAAUCAUAUCUUUCUCUGGAUACAAUCCCACCUCAUCACAAACCUUUGCAAGCGAGGAGGCCCAUGAGAUCAUACUGGGUUUUCUAAGUUUAAUACCAUUCACAGUAAUAGUGAUUGGGUUCAUUGGGCUUGCAGUGAGAAAUUAUCUAGUGAGACCUCUUGUACUGAAAAAGGUUCUUGGAUUGCAUCAUGUUAUUUCCGACCAAUCGGAUACACUUUCUAACACUUCAGAGGAACCGCCACUGAGGUCUGAUGACUUGAAGUCUUACAGCGAGAGGGAGUUGCCUCCAAGGUUUUACGACGAGGAAGAGGUUUUCAAUGAGACAACGAGACUAUUACAGUCUACUCCAAGAGGAGGAGGAGGAGGAAGAGGGAAUAUGUCUAUUAAUACUGGACUCCCCCACACUCAUUAGUGAUGGUAGUGUGUAUCAUUAUAAAUACUUAUUAUCUACUAGAUCUAACUUUGAUGUUAGUAUUGUCAUGUUUUUGGUGUGAUUACUACUACUGCUUGUUAUUUUGUCCUAACUUGAUAAACAAUUUAUAAUAAAAAUCAUAAACUUAGCUGUUUACAUUCAACUUAGCUUUUUAUAUUCAU